AUGGCUCAACAGGAUAUGCACUACGCGGCCACUCGCAAGGCUCUUGGCACUAUCGAGAUCCUAGAGGCUAUUCUUCUACAGCUGGAUCUCAAAUAUCUUCUCCUCUCCCAGUUAAUCGGCACGCACUUCAAAUUGAUCAUUUCCACCUCACCCGCCAUACAGCAACGGCUUUUUCUUUCACCAGUUCUAGCCGGCACGCCUCCGCAACUCAACCCUGUGCUCGCAGCUCUUUUCCCUGUGUUCAUUUCUCUAAAAAGACCAGUUGAUACAAAUCAGUUUUAUCAGCUACAUGAUACUAUUGGGAAACAAGAGUGGUACAGAAAUGAGUCCCAUCGUCACAAAGUGCUGCGACCAGAUGCAUCCUGGCGGCGAAUGUUCCCCGUUCAACCUCCCGCGAAGCUCGAGGAGGUGAGAAUAUUUUCCCACGACUGGUGUCUAUAUCGAGCCGGUCGCCGUACUCGUGCAAGACUUGGCAGAGACCUUCAACCCAUUCAAGAGCCUGGGAUCAGAAUGGGCUUGCUAUAUGACCUAGUAGUGCAUUUCAACAGUCUGCACCCGGACCCCGAGUUUUACAUUCAUUGGGAAAUGUUUCCGCUACAACCUGGCAAGGAAGAGUGGCAGGAGGAACUCAGCCCCUAUGAUGACGGUAUGGGAGCGGUAAAGACUGAUUACUAUCCUCUCUUCUUGAGGGAAAACCUGAACGAGGGGCAGCAGAAAAUACAACACAAGAUUACGUUGUAUUAUCAGCACGAUGCUCUCUGCGGUGUUGCCGAACCCCAGCCACUUCUGGAUAUCGACUCGGUAAUAACUUCGAUGGCUGAGGGGAACCCCACGCGGAUGCUUCAUUUUGUCACAGAUCCAAGCUUAGGACUGACCCAUUGGGAUAAAUAUGUCACUGCAGAGGAAGUAGAUCAGAUAAGAAAGAGACAGAGCAGAAGGAUGAGAAGGGGAGGAGAGACCUGA